GAAAACUAACGUUUUCACCACAAACAACAACACACAAACCCCACAUCUCAUCUGUUCGAAAAUGUCCUCCCGCCAAGGUGGAAAGCAGAAGCCGCUGAAGCAGCCCAAGAAGGAGAAGGUUGAUGCGGAUGAAGACGAUGCGGCCUUCAAGCAGAAGCAGCGUGAACAGCAGAAGGCGGAGAAGGAGGCCAUUGCAAAGAUGAAGAAGAAGUAA